GUUAGUAAUUAACAUGUUGUUCAGUCAGCAGAAGUUAUCUUGAAGGACAUGACAAGAACAGAAGUACACUAGGCAAGACUAUGAAUGAAUCUUUUUAUAAAAGGACCAAAGACUUCACCUCUCAAAAAUCAAGGACUCCCUCUGCAUCAUAUAUGUCUACAAAUGAGAUAGCAAAUAAAAACACAAAACCUUUCUCAUGUUCUGAAUGUGGAAAAUGUUUUCCUUAUAACUCAUAUCUUGUGAAACAUCAGAGAAUUCACACUGGAGAAAAACCUUUCUCAUGUUCUGAAUGUGGGAAAUGUUUUCUCUGUAAAACAGAUCUGGCGAUACAUCAGAGAACUCACACGGGAGAAAAACCUUUCGCAUGUCCUGAAUGUGGGAAAUGUUUUGUUGCUAAAUCAGAACUUGUGAAACAUCAUAGAAGUCACACAGGAGAGAAACCUUUCAUAUGUUCUGAAUGUGGGAAAUGUUUUAGAAUCUCUCUAUAUCUUCUUUUGCACAAGAGAACUCACACAGGAGAGAAACCGUUCUCAUGUUCUGAAUGUGGGAAAUGUUUUGUCUCUAAAGCAAAGUGUGUUGCACAUUGGCGACUUCACACAGGAGAAAAACCAUUUUCAUGUUCUGAAUGUGGGAAAUGUUUUGUUUCUAAAGAACAGUGUUGCACAUGGGCGAACUCACACAGGAGAAAAAACAUUCUCAUGUUCUGAAUGUGGGAAAUGUUAUUACACUAAAUCACAUCUUGUGGCACAUAAAAAGACUCACACAGGAGAAAAAACAUUCUCAUGUUCUGAAUGUGGAAAAUGUUUUGUUGAGAACUCAAACCUUGUUGUUCAUAGGAGGACUCACACAGGAGAAAAACCUUUCUCAUGUUCUGAAUGUGGGAAAUGUUUUGUCACUAAACCAGUUCUUGGGAGACAUCGGAGAACUCACAUAUAGAAAAGCAUUUUUAAUGUUCUGAAUGCGUGAAAUGUUUUGUUGUAAUAUCACAUCUUCUGAAACAUCAUAGAAUUCACACAGGAAAAAAACCUUUCUGAAUGUGGGAAAUGUUUUGUCUGUAAUUUAAAUCUUGUUGUUCAUAAGUGGAUUUACACAGAUGAAAAAUCAUUCUCAUGUUCCGAAUGUGGGAAAUAUUUUCACAAGCAAUCACAUCAUA